ACAUGUCCUUGUGUUCCACGUCUUCCACUUGUGAUCGGCUCCUGUUUGGUAAGAUGUUUAACUGAAUAGCUCAAAUAAAUCCCAAACCUCAUAACUAAGGAACACAGUGACUGCUUAACAAGAAAUGCUACUGUUUUCCUAAUCCUAUUAUGUUAUUUGCAAAGUACACUUGAUUUCCUAAUUGCUCAUGUGGACCCUUUUAUUUUCUGUUUGUGCUUUACUGUAAGCAAAAAUAUGUUUGAAAUAGCAAAGGCAAAAAAAAUCAAGAUGUUACAUUCAAACGUGGUGAGCAUUUACAGAUGUGUGGAAGAACAUAUUUUUAUUACAUGAUUCUUCCCUAUGGUAUUUGCUAUCAAGUGACUGCCAAAUUUUAGCUUGAAAUAGGAACAGCAUCACAGCUGAUAAUUUCACUGUUCAAAUUAUUAGAAGCCUAGACUAAAAAAAAUUAUCUAAAAACUUAUGAAAAGCAGGAUUUUCUUUAUUUUCUGAACCUUUGGAGUGUGUUUGGGUUAUAGCUUUAUGCUUUUAUCUGGCAGAUGUGGUAGCUGGAAACUUCAAUGACAGCUGACAUUCUCAUGUGAUCAUUUAAAUUUGACACCCAAGUUUUUGGGAGGAAAAAAAUCAUCAGUUAUUAAUGUUGUUUACUGUAGUUGUGCCUGAAGGAGGCCUUUUCACCUAACCCUCUGUAAACUCGCAAAUUCAUUAUUUGAAAAGACAGACAACUGUAUGAGGAGAGGAGAGAGUAGAAUUUAUAGCUGAGUGACCAAGAUAAUGAAUCACAUGGAGUAGGCAUGUUAAUAUUACAGCUGCCUCAAUUUGAGAUGUAAAUUUAUUUAGGAGAGGCUCAAAUAAAAAGGGAAGGAUGCCCUUUGGUAAGGGAACAGGUGAGUGACCAUAAUGGGUGAGGGAGGCAAGUAAAGUUGAUAUCAAUGUCUUGAUAAGGGUAUAGAGAGAGAUUUGGGAUAAAUCUACACACUAGGGCACAGAAAAAUCCAGCUCAAGGUAGAAUGAUCUGAGACUGUCUUUAUGGCCCUUCUUUAAUGGAUUUUGCUGGCUGGAGAUUUCAAAUGUUUUCCUCUAGACAAGGAGGCAGUUUCUUUCAGGGGAAAAAAUUAUAAACCUCAGAAUAUCUUGCAGUAGCAUCACAGGCCUGGACAUUAAUGAUGCAGAUUGUUGGGUCUUUUACAUGGGAAGGCUUUUAAAAGGAACCAGGUGCUGCCUUUUUUUCUUUGUUGGCUGUGAUCUGUCCAUUUGCUUGCUCCUUUGUACUGAAAGUACCACCUCUGGGAUUCUUCAAGAGUAAAUUGUGUGUGUACGAUGGUUAUUUUUCAUACUUCCAUUUAAAGGACAAAAAUUUGGAAUAACAAAAGUGUUCUUUCUCCAAAGUAUUGCCUAGACAAAAUUUAUUUAAUGUUGCAUGAGUAUCUAGAGUAAGUCACUACCUUCUUCUCGCUCAAUACUGUUCUUUGGAAAGUAUGUAUUUUAAAAGUAUUUAACUUGCUACAGCGUCUGCCAGAAAUGUUUGAUUAGGCCGAGGAUUAUAAACCCCAAUAUUUUCACCUGUUUUUUGUACCCUGUUAAAGCAGAAUUCAGUAGGGAAAUUGGUUAUUGUUCCCCUUGGGUGGUUAGGGUUGGUGGGAAUGUUUUUAUGAACUUCAAUCAGAUUAAAAUUAGUGACUAUAUUUUCUUUAUCCUAUCUGUCCAAAUUGCCAUGAAAGGUUUAUAUUGUGUUCUGUUCCUAUGCAUGGAUGCAUCUAAUUAGGAAUACUUAAUUUUAAUAUAACUAACUCAGUGGCAUUGGAAAUUACUUUUAAUAAUUGACUUUAAAACCCAGUAGCAAAAUAUGACCAAAUGAAGGUUUCCUACUGUGUAGAACUCAAGCUCUUUACCGUGCUGUGCAGUGGGUUACCAGGGACCAAGCUGUAGAUUUAAGGAGCUGAAGGUGACAAAGGAGUUUCAGUGCUGUUAGUGACAGUUCCAUCCUUUGAUUUCAAUGAUGCAGAAUAACUUCAUUUAAAAACCACAAUGGCUCUAGAGGGAUCAGUUGUUGAGCCAAUCGGGUGACCUGCUGAGCUGAAGAGUGAAGAAAAUCUCCAAGUUAAGCAUGCACUUCAGGUGGUCUAACCUGUAGAGGAUAAGCAUGAGGAUUGUCUAAGGCAAAGACUGAUAAAUUCAGCCAUAAUUAUGGCAGUUAGGGUUAGAAUCCUCUGAUGUUUUCAUAGCAAAGAAUAGUAUAAACUGUAAUGUAAGUUAUAUGGCCAAGUCUAUCACAGCUAAAUGUACAGUGUUACUGUCCUGAUUUUCCUUUCUUGUGGUUUCACCAGGGGGAUUGUUCUGUCUCCGGUUUUGGUACUUGUACAACACUGUUUGUGUGCUGAUCAGGCUGCGUGCUGUCCUCCGCACCAGCAGUGGAAUAGGCACCCACAUCUUGCUCUGUGUGCAUUUGACACCUUUUAAAGUGCAAUUGUUGUUCCUGGUUUCAUGUGGUUACACCUGUUGAUGAACUGAUUCUCCUGGUAAGGGAUUUCCACACUGUGACUCAGGUGCAGUGUAGGCAAUGUGACAAUUACUGGAAGAUGCCUGUUAGUAACAGCUGCUUUUCCAUGGGAGCCUGAGGAGUGCGUGUUCCAGAUGAAAGGAAGUGGAAUGCAUCUGAGAGAGCAGCCAAGUUUUGAUGGCUUUUUCUUGCUGAUGUUAUUGACAGGUACCUACAGAGAAGGAUCUGCACUGACUUGGGUUAUCUGGGAAUUGACUGUUGCAGCCAGUUACUGUGCCCAGAUCAGCCAGCUGGAGCUGAGGAAUGCUGCUGCGCAUGAAGAACCCCUGCCUUGGCCCUCAGCUGUCACCAUUUGCCAUCCUAGGUAGGAUGGAUGCGGAAAUCUAAAAAUGCGUGGUUAAGAAUCGUGCUUUUGAAAUCUGGGUCUGAAAGAACUGUGGUGUGAACCGUGACCUGCAAGCUGAAGAACAGCGAGUAAAGUUCUGCACCGAAUUGGAAGUUUGAUGUCCUCAGGCCCAAGUACCUCCCUGAUGUGAGAGGAGAGCUCACAGGAGGGAAGAAAGCUUAAGGAGAUUUAGCGCCUAGUCUGGUUGCUUGAAGACUCUUAUCUAGAAAAAUGACCGAAGGAAAAAAAUCUGAAAAACUUCACUUGAACGUGUAAGGAAUGAAGUGGUGGGUGUGAUGCCUCAGAGGUGGAGAACAUUGAUGUGGUGAUGCCUUCUUUGCUUGAGCUUGAAGAAUUUUGGUUGGUUUAGUUUUUCAAGAUCCUGGUAUAAACUAUUGCUGUUCAUAUUCUGUCACGAAGUGGUAAUCAAGUAAGGCUCAGACAUGAGGUUUUUAGUUUAACUGUAGCAUUGCUGUGUGACCCCUGAGCAAAAAAAUAUUACUGUGCUUUUGAAGGGAAUGUUCUGUAACAUAGAAAGAUACAAUCUCUUUAUAUAUUGCUGCUUAAAUAAUAACCUGAAAUAGUCUGGAACUAUUGUGCUAAUUUACACCGAGUCUGAAGUCUUACCUGUUUGGAAGGCUUAAAGUCAGUGUAUUAUUAUAUUCAAGCCUGUUGAUGCAACUUAAGUUGCAUCUUUUCUAUUUAAGGGCACUUUUAUUUUUUUGAGGUGAGAUGCUUUCUUCUUGCAGCAGUGAGGGUGUUGUACCUCACUUUUGGUUGUAUUUCUCCUUAACUUAGGGGAAGACUGGUGGGUUUACCCUCAGUUUAGAAAAGAACUGGUGAAACUCGCAUGGAGAUUUUUCAGAGAUCUCUGGAAAACAGCGCUUGUCAGAAAAUGCUAUGUAAUACGAUGUACUUUCUCAUAAGCCAGGGUGCCGUUUUUGGGGGUGGUUCUAGCGGAAUUCCUGCUUGUGAAGCGGAAAGCUGGCGCUGAACGUUAGUUUUGGCACCUGAGCCGACCCGAGUACUUUGGAAGUUAACCACUUGUAUCCGAAGCGUUACUGAGGAGGACACGUUCAUGCCGAAGCCGGAGGAGCAGAGCCCGCUCCCGGCGGGCUCCGUGCCCGCGUUCCGCCCGGGGGCCGAGGCGGUCUCGGCCGCGCUGACGCCAUCGCGGCGCGACGGCGCCAUUUGCUGCCGGCGGGAGCCCAUGGACGUGCUGGGCCAGACCACCCGUCUGGCGUCCUCCAGCGCCCUGCUGCAGGUGCUGUUCCGGGCGGUCACGUUCGGGCUGAACGCCUUCACCCUGCGCUACCUGUCCAGGGAGCUGCUCGGCGUGGUCAACGUCAGGCUGACUCUGCUGUAUUCAACAGUUGUCUUCCUGGCCAGGGAGGCAUUUCGCAGAGCGUGUUUGAGUGGAAGUACAAAGCAGAACUGGACCAAAACAAUUAAUCUAUUGUGGCUGACAGUCCCUCUUGGUGUUGUUUGGUCUAUUUUCUUGGGCUUAGUUUGGCUACACUUGCUUGAAGUACCUGAUCCAUCUGUGGUUCCUCAUUAUCAGGCUGGUGUAGUGGCAUUUGGUCUUUCUGCAAUUAUUGAACUUCUGGGAGAACCAUUCUGGGUUUUAGCACAAGCUCAUUUGUUUGUGAGACUUAAGGUAAUUGCUGAAAGCCUCUCAGUUGUGUCAAAAUGCAUUUUGACAGUUAUUUUAGUAGUGCUUUAUCCUCAGUGGGGCCUCUACAUUUUUUCCUUGGCUCAGCUUUUAUAUGUCAGUGUUCUGGUAAUGUGCUAUGUAAUUUAUUUUAUGAUGUUUCUGGGGUCUCCUGAAGCAACAAAGAAGUCAUUUCCAGUUGCUAGAAUGAAAGCUCUAUUACCUAACUGGGUGGAAGAUGAGACCUUUGUUAACUGGAAGGAAGCACGUUUGACUUGGAGUUUCUUCAAACAGUCCUUCUUGAAACAGAUUUUGACAGAGGGUGAACGAUAUGUGAUGACUUUUUUGAACGUGUUAAAUUUUGGAGAUCAGGGUGUAUAUGAUAUCGUGAAUAAUCUUGGUUCACUGGUGGCCAGGUUUAUCUUCUUGCCUAUUGAGGAGAGUUUUUAUGUCUUUUUUGCAAAAGUGUUGGAAAGAGGCAAGAAUGUAAAGGAUCAGAAGCAGGAUGACGUUGCUAUGGCCGCAAAUGUAUUAGAACUGCUGUUGAAACUUGUGCUUCUGAUUGGCCUCACCAUCACGGUUUUUGGCUUUGCCUAUUCUCAGCUGGCUCUGGAUAUUUAUGGAGGCUCAAUGCUCAGUUCUGGAACAGGUCCGGAUCUCCUCCGAUGUUACUCUUUAUAUGUCCUAUUUCUUGCUGUCAAUGGAGUAACAGAAUGUUUUACAUUUGCUUUGAUGUGCAAAGAAGAGGUAGACAGGUAUAAUUUUGUUAUGCUGGCCUUGUCCUUCACGUUUCUGUGCAUCUCUUAUUUCCUGACCCACUGGCACGGCGGUGUCGGCUUUAUCCUCGCCAACUGCUUUAACAUGGGCAUUCGAAUAGCUCACAGCACCCACUAUAUCUACGAUUACUUCAAAGAAAGCACCUACCGACCUUUGGCAGGCUUGCUUCCCUCACCAGUUUUGUUGCUCGUUUAUAUCAUAAGUGGAGUAAUCACUGGUUUCUCUGAGGUGAUGUUCUGCUGCGAUAAGGGGUGGAUGGCGAGGCUGGCGCACAUCAGCGUGGGGGCUCUGUGCUUUGCAGCAACUGUCAUUACUAUGUUCUGCACAGAGACCAAGCUGGUCCACUUCGUCAGAAGCCAGUUCCUCUCCCGGUAUAUGAAGAAAGGAACGUGAAAUGCUCAUGUGCAGAACAAUUCUUGCACAUGCUUGCAGUAAAGGGCUAUAUUUUUUUUACGCAAGAUGUACAUGGAGAAGGGUUUCCACAUGUGUUUGAGUUCUUGUUAUUGGAGUGGCAAUAUAGAAGAUUGCCAACUGAAUAUUAUUUUGUCUUCUGAACAGUGAAAGAGAUGAGUAAUUUUCUCUUUAUGCAUCAUUCUUUUCUAACCUCCUCUUCAAAGGCCUCUUUGGUAAUGAAUGAAGAGCUACGGUACACCCUUCUGACAUAACCUAGUUGGCAGACUUCACAUAGAGCGCCCGUUCUUACCAAUGGGGUACGUGUGCAGAGGAGUCAUAUGGUUUACAUCUUAACAUAUAAUUAAGAAUGCCCUUAUUUGCCAUGGUGGGCUGCUUAACUGGUUAGAAAAUAAAUGGUCUGACAAAAAACAAAACCAAAACAACCCCAAACCACCGACCCCAAACACAAACCCACAACACAAAAGCUGAAGAAACCACUAGAGCAAGGACCAAUAGCACUGUAACUGUUCCUGAAGCAGAACCUGAUGCAGUGCAGGGAAAUUAAGGUGUCAGGGUUUUGAAGCCUGAAGUGGUGAACAGGAGGUUUUUUGUUUACAAGGAAAUUAAUGGAAUACACAGCAUAUGUCUAGUAACUGUAAGAUUAUUUCAUUCCUAUCAUUCAUUUAUGAGGGUAUUGAUUGAUUUGUCAAAAAUACUCUAAAGCUUCAGCUAAAAGGAAAAGGGGGUUUGAGCAGUGUUUUAGAGAAGGUGUGAAGUACAGUCACUUGGAUGCUGAAGUUCCAGAGGUUAAUCAUAAUAAAACUUCUUACUUUCACUCCAUUGUUUUUGGUUUUAUCUGAGAUUUUAAAUCCUGGCACAAGCAAAAUUGUCUCAAUAAAAAUGUUUUUAUCUUGUCUGUGAGGUCAAGUGUUAAAAUAUAUUUAACAAGAUUUCUUUCAAGGACUUAUGCAUAUUUAAACUUUCAUUAUUGGGUAGAUAAUACUUCGUUUGUUGCAACUAGUUUACCUCAUGUCUUGGUACUUGUUCAGUCUUAACCUUUGAGUUUUUUUUUUUUAAUCAUUGAAAAUGUGAACAAUCAGAAGUUGUAAAAUUAGAUGUUAGGCUAUGUUAGGUUCACUAAUAGUGUGUUUUAUUGCUGGCCUAAGAUCUGAAUGUGGCAGUUUCACAAGGUACAAGUGGCAGGUUUAUAAUUAUCAGUGUUCCAUUGCAGUGUUUGGAUGGACCAAAACAUGUCAAGUGAUUAAAAAGGUGUGCUCAGACACAUACAGUCGGAAGCUGUUAUAAUAGUUUAUAUAGCAUCUCUGCAGAUCCUCCAAUGGCUUAAAAAAUACUUGACUGUCAUGCAUUGUGGCAACCGUAGCUCCAAGUGUAAAAUGCAUUCUGGUAUCAUUGUCUUCGGUUUGGUUCUGUUAGAAAUGUUUUCUAAACCAUUAAUUUUCACUUGGAGAUUAUCACCAGAGAUACCUUAAAUGAGAAUUUGAUGAUUAAAACAUUAUCACAGAACCCAGAAUGUAACAGGAAAAGAAAGGUGUGCUCCCUCAGCUGCUGGGGUGUUUCCGUAGCCUGGCUGGAAGAUAUGUGAUAUGUGAUAUAGAUAUGUGAUAUAGAGACUUGCUGAUUCUUCUGAACUUGUUACGAAAUCUGUCAAAACAAACUCUACAUUUUUCUGUCCUGUUAAGUGAAUUUACUAGUUCCUUGCAGUUUAAAUUUUUAUCUUCUGAGUUUUCUUGCAGAGAAAGAUUUGGUAUAGCCCUGCACUUAGAGUGCUUUGAAGACUGAAGAAUUUUUUGUACAAAAUGAGCCUGACAUCCUGCUGUCUUGUCUGAUCUGCUGAUCCCAGCUGUAUAGUAACAUUACUUCUGCUGCAAGUGUUGUCAUAAAUAGGCUGAUGUGGGAUCUCACUGUUCAAAUAGUGAGCUGUCUAGUCUCAUCUUUUAGCAUAAAUACUGUAUAUGCAUUUAAAGAGAGGUCACAUUUUAAAACUAAUUGGCUUAAUUUCACAUUGGAAAGGCGUAUAAAUAUCUCUUGCACCUCAACAAGUGAAAAUGUGAUUUUCUAUGAAGCAGGAAGACAUUAAGGUGGCUUAAUCAUUGCUCCUUUGCAAAGUAAGGGCACAUUCCUCUCUUAAACUUGAUCUGUAAGCAGCUCAGUGAUGGUUGGUUGGGUUUUGUAGUGGUGUGUUUGUUUGGGUUUUUUAAUAUAUUUUAUGUGGCAAGAAACUGCAAGGAGGGACAGGUAUCUGAAGCUGUCUCCUAGUUUCUUACUUAUCUGUGUGAUCCUUGAUGUGAAAGUGGUUAAUUGCUUUAUUUACAAAGAAACGAACUGUCACAUUCAGAUUGAACUUGACCAAAUUUCCCUUUUGUUUGCAGUUGCCUGUCAAAGGCACAAUGGGGUACUUGUCUACAAAUUUCAUGAAGCUGUGCUGCGUUUAUUUUCUGAAAUCUGUUAGUUUAAGCCAAAGGAGAAUGAAGCUGUUUUACUUUGGAGAAAGUUACAAUUUCAUACAUUAUGUGAUGUGGUUUUCUUUUAGUAGGUGGAUGAAUGACAUUCAAACAACUGUAAGAUAAAAUGGUUAUAUAAUAGGAUAACACCAAAUAAAAUUUAUUUCCCUUA